GCGCGUGUCGUGCAUGUGUGUCUUUUCAGCUUCGAGCAACAGCGUCCCAAGAAAUAUUUCCUGAAGAAUCAGUAUUUUUUUUUAUUUUUGCAAACUUCUCCGCAACGUAUCCUGAUGGAAAUAUUUAGUUGCAAUUUCUUUUUGAUUGGCGAGCGAUACGAGAUCGUUUGAAGAAAAACCACAAAAAACGACAGUUUCUCUUACACAUAUUGUCGAGAAAAACGUGACUUAAUCAUACACGGUUGGAUAAUUCUGAAAAUUAAAAUAAUUCAAGCCAAAAACUCGGAUAUGCAGCUAUGCUGCCUAUUGCUACUUGAUCUCUAUAUGCACCCAUCGUCUAUCUCAUUGCAGUCUUAUAGUGCAAAAUAGCUAUACAUUGACCUAUGAGAAGUGCAAGAGUAUACGAAUCUGAGUAAACUCACGUAAGGAAUAUUCGACAAUAAUGUGGAACCGUAAAGUGUUCAUAAGGAUAAUCGAAGUGCUGCUGUGCAUCGCAUGCACCGUGGCACUCAGAGUGACGGACGACGAAAGCAGACGAGUUUUCCAUUAUUUGCGUAAUCGCAGCCUCGAGUGGUCACUCUUGAAUAAUGUCACGUGGGGCACUAUCGGUGCCGCUCUUGCAUCAGCGACCUGCGGUGGCUAUAUUAUCAUAAGCACGGGCCUGCUCAUCGCUGCAGCAACCGGUGAAAUCAGAGGCCGAAAGACGGAAGUCCUCUUUCUAGGCGUUGGUAUCAUACUGUUUGGAAUUGUAGGCGCUUUGUCGCUGGCUUCGAUCGACAGCGUGCCCUAUGACUUGAUCGACAAUGCGGCAGUACUUGGUGGUUUGUGCCUUAUUACUGGCUUAGUUUUCAUCAUCGACUUGUUGAUGAAGCCACGUUAUGGAGAAACAAAACACGAUGGCACCCAAACCAUACCAGAAAAAGAGCAAGCUAAGCACUACGUGACAACGACAACUAUGACCAUCAACGAGAAGGAAUUGCAGCCGAAAAACGUGUCAACUUCAGCGAAUUGGCGCUCACCCACGCCCGAAAUGAAGGAGAAGCGCAACAGCAUGAAUGAUUCGCUGAACGAUCAAGACGAUCAGGAGAACAGGCUUGAGAGAGCCGAACGUCAAAUUCGAGAAUAUGCUCAAAAUAUCGAUAAUGGAAGGAGUAAACAAUUGAGAGGUCGAGAUGAUCGCGACGGAGGAAAAAAAACGAACGGAUACUACCGCAACGACGAAGUUUACCAGAGACCCGUUGACGAGGUAGACGACAUUCCACCGUUUCCAACCCACGAAGCCACUGUCUUCACCAAAGUUAUUCAGCCCAGCGUGAAAAUAAUGAGAAUCGAGCGCGAUAACGAAAGAGGAUACGACAAUUACAGGUUAUCAGAUUCGAGUCAGUAUGACAACGUACCCGCGCGAAUGCGUGGCGGCUCUUCUCCAGGAAUCUUAAAGAGGCAGCACGACGCGUACUCAACCGAUCCGCGUCGUUUGCAAGGUUAUCCGGGAACGGAUCAGCAGCGUCGACAAUUGACAACGCAGCGGGAUCGGGACGAGAUCGAGAUGUUAGAGGAGUAUUUCGACGAGCUGAGAAUGUCGACGACGAAUACCGCAACUCGAACUACCAUCGCUGAGCCAACUACCAUUAGGAUCGGUAGUAGUGCCUCUCGGAAAAUUGUAGGUGGCACCACCAGCAAGACCCCCGUGUCACCGAGUGAUCAGGGAUAUGUCAAACAUACGGCUAGUAAUUGGCCACAGCAGUUAAAAAGUAAGGAUGCCGACGACUAUGAGAAAAAUCGGUGAAAUUAAUUUGUUUCAUCUAGGCUCUAGAUGUAUCAGUCGUUAUAUUAUUUUGACUGCUAUCGUUUUUGUAAAAUAAACGGUUAUUUUAUAUUCCUGUUGAUUCUCAUAUCACUGCAGUAUUUUUAUACUUCUUUUGUUUACUUAUUUUUCCGCUAAUUUGAAGAUAAGUUUCUCCUACAUUUAUUAGUAACAAUUUUUUUAGUUGAAAUAUUUAUAAUUUAUAUGU